CUUCAGCUCCCCGCGCCAGGCUGGCUCGCGGGGCGCCCAAUCCACUGCCUUCCGCAGCCUCCGGGGCAAGGGCCGGGCCCGGGGAGCAGCGGGACAGACAUGGCGGACCCCGAGGCCGUGGCCGAGGACCUGGACGCCCUCAUCGACGACCUGGACUACCUCCCGGGCCACUUCCACCUGGAGAUGCAGCUGAACUUUGAGCCGCGCUCGCCGGCCUCUCUGCGCGCCCGGGACCUGAAGCUGCAGCGGGAAGGCCUGCGGCAGGAGCUGGGGCUGGCGGCCGCCCCGCGGCGCUCGGCGGUGCGCCACCUGCUGGGCACCUUUGCCUUCUACCUGGAGGAGCUGGACGAGGCCCGCGAGAGCUUCCUGCAGGUGGCCCGUGAGGAUCCGGGCAACCUCAACGCCUGGGCCAAUCUGGCGCACGUGUACGGGCGGCUGGGGCAGGAGGGAGAGGAAGAGGCUUGCGCCGGGAGACUGGCCGGCCUCAUGGGCCUGGCGGCCGAUGCCGACUCCGAGGCGGACAGGGACGCCCACGUCCGCGCCGCGCGCUGCCUGGCGGAGCAGGGCUAUGCCCAUGGCUUCGACGUGGGCUGCGCCAGCCCAGAGGAGCGCGCGCGGGUGCUGGCGGCGGGCAUCACGCUCUACGACAAGGCGCUGAGCUACGGGCAGCAGAUCCCCAUGGAGGAGAAAAGGGGCUGGUACUUCACCAUGGCAACGCUUUUCAUCAGGCUAGAUGGCAUCUUCCUGGAGCUGGGCAGAGAGGAGCAGAAGAGGCUGCCCGCCUUCAACCGCACACUGGCCCUGCUCCGCCAAGUCCUCAAGUCCUCGGACCCCCACCACCAAGCCCUGGCCUGGUGCUACCUCGGGAUGCUGCUGGAGAGGACGCACACCUUCUCCACCACCCCCAUGGGCGUCCACGACUGCGGGUACUCAGGCACCGACCCCCUGGACUGCUUUGGCAAGGCCAUCGAGAUUGCCAAGGACCAACCCCCGAUCCUGAAUCGCCUGGCCAAAAUCUUCCACUUCCUAGGAAAGCAGGAUAUGGCCAUUGGCACCUGCAACAUGGCCCUGGAUAGCCUACGCGAUCCGGAGCUCAACUGGCAGGCGUACUGCACAAGGGCCAAGGUCCACAUCAGAGCCUACCUUCACGACCUGGAGCGGGUCAAGAUGGGGCUCGGAGGCAUGCCUGACAGGAACCACCUGGCCUGCGCCAAGGCAGACCUCGAGGAAGUGGUCAAGGUAUGCCCAGGCCUCAAGACCUACCUGGACAUCGGCCAGGUCUACUACUACAUGGGCGUGGACGCGAUGCAGGAGCUGCUGGCAGUGGAUGAGGCGGCGCUGAACCAGGCGCUGGUCUUCCUGGCCAAGGCGGGCGAGUUGGAGCUGGGCGCCACGCUGCCUGAGCUGCAGCUGCUGCGGGGCAAGUGCCUCCGCAUCAAGGGCGAGGAGGCCAACGCGGCGGCCUGCUUCAAACGCGUGGUGGAGCUGGACGACGCGGGCUGCAGCCACCCCGAGGGCUUCGGCUGCCUGCUCGAGGCGCUGCUGGCGCAGUGGAGCCAGGCGCAGCUGAGCGACGGCGAGCUGGGCCGCGAGGUGGACGCGUGGCUGCACCGCGCCCAGGGCAAGUACCCGGCGGCGCGCCUGCGGCAGGAGCUGCAGCGCGUGUGGCGCGGGCACACGGGCGAGAUGCUGGGGCUGGCGCGGGCCCUGGUGACCCAGGGGCGACCGGCGCUGGUGCGGCUGCUCUUCGAGACCAUGGAACGCGACGGUGAGGGCGCCGCCGGGGCACCUCGGGGCCGCCGGGCCUUCUCCGUCUGAGGCCACGCCCUCGAGGCCCUGCCCACAGCUGAUUGGACCAAGUCUGGGCCCUGCUUGAACAGAGCCAAUCAGAUUCUCUCUCAGGAACUGGACUGGGGCCUCGGAGACUGCCGGGCAGUUUGACUUUGCCCCUGGAGGUAGGACCUGGUUCAGGAGACCGCCAACUGAAGGACAGAAUUGGGCAGAUGUGCCGAGAAAAUAGGGUGGCUGCGAGUUUCCUAGGAGAUACAGAAGAAAACUGUCUCUGUUUUGUGGGGUUUCUAGUUCGCGGUACAACCCCUGAGGCCUCAGUGCCAGUCUUUGGAUUCCCGUGAGCAACACUCUGUCCUCAUAAUGAAGCCCCUAGUCGAGUGUAGUGGGUCUCCGGGGUCCUGCAGCCAGAAAAGCCGUGGCUGGAGCAGAGCGCCAAGCUGCACCGUGAGCAGUAAAGGGGCAGGGCCGAGGUCUACACCCGGGUGCUCAGGGCUCUCCUACCUGGCUAGCAGUCUUCCAGCAGGCCUCAUCCCUGCACAGAGUGGUCUGCAAGGCUCCCAGACAAGGAAUAAAGCCCACCAAUAGCGCCUGUGCUUGACUUCCUGUUCUGAGAACCCAGGGACCCACCCAUCAGGAAAUGCCACCCAGUCUUGGGCCUUCCGCAAGAGAAUGAAGAAUGUCUUAGAAUUUUACACUCUUGGAAUUGUAGACGUAGAAUCUUAGAUGUGCGAUUUUAUUGUCAAAGACUUAGACUCUGAUUGCCACCAAAUCUUAGAAUGGCCGACCUGGAUUUUUGUGGACCUACCUACAAGAACGGCUUACCCUAAAAUUCCAGAUUAAGUUCUUACCAGACCCCAGGAAAGCUAGUUGUACAUAACUGCAAUGGCAAGACCCCCCCAUAAUGGUUUGUGAUUUGUUUUGCAUUUGUUCCUUUCUUUAAAGCAGGGAUGGGGAACGGCUGGCUCGCGGGCCAUAUAAGGCCCAAGAAAUCAUUUGGUCUGGCCCUGCCAAGCAUUAGGGCUGAGUUAAUUAAUGAUUGACCAAAUACAGCAGGCUAAUUUUUAAGUUGAUAAUUUUGUAUGGCCUGCGAAUGAUGUUAUAAACAUCUAAAUGGCCCUUGGCAGAAAAAAAGGUUCCCCACCCCUGCUAAAAAGUUAUACCCACUGCUUCCCUCGUAUCUCUGACCCCCAGAUGUUAACCAGGGGUAGGCCAGCCCCUACAUUGCUUCUCAUGUCUCCAGUGGCAGAUGGAGAACAGACUGAGAGGUGCAGCCCUGUCCACUCCUCCCCGUCCCUUCUCCACCCAUGAUGGAACACCAUCUUUCUUCUCCUGCUUCCUCAGACAGGCAAACUGAACCCAAGGCAGUUUGCUGGCACAGUUGGGAACUUGGUGCAGUUUGUCUGCUUCCCCAGGCUUCCCUGUUUGUUUCCUUCCCUGUUUUCCUGUCCCCAAGGUAAUGCAUUUCUUCGCCCAUGGCCUCCUCCUCCUGUCAAACUUUUUCAAUAAACUUCCUUUCUGGUCAUCUCUUUCACACCAGUCAUAUGAACGACUAACUAGUGUAGCUUCUCUCAGGGUGUCUGCAUAUUGACCAAAAGCCAAAAAGAGAUGGGAAACCCCAUUUCCAGGACAGAUCCUGUGGGCUCGGCACUUCAUACAUGUAGUUCUCUCAACAGCCCGGGGGAGCAGCAUUCUAAUCCUCACGUUACAGAUGAGGACACGGAGAUACUGACCCAGGUCUCGGGUAAGUAUAGGAAGAGCCAGAAUGUGGACCAGACCUGCCCAGUUCGGUGCUGCCUCCUAGAACAUAGCUCUUCCUGGGAGAUGUGUCAUCUAUGUCUAGAGUUGUGUCUGUGAUCACCAACUCUAACUGUCCCUUUGUCCCAAACCUUGCUCCAGUGCCUGGUCUCUCUGUUCCCAAACUGCUUUCCCUCUGUGACCUUGUACAUCCUCUUCCUCCACUGGCUUUUUCCCUGUGAUUUCUAUCCCAAGUUCUAGGCUCAAAGAUGCCUCCUCCAGAAGUCUUACCAAACCCUCCCAGCUCUCAUCAGUCACUCCGUUUUAUGCACAGAGAGCUCUCGGGGUGUUGUGUCCCACUGCGUGGCGUUUAUUCCUUCUCCUCGGGUCGUAACUGUGUCAGUAUGCCUGUUGUCCACCCUGCCCCAACUCUGGAUUCUUUCCAGCAGGAACUAUAACUGAUUCAGGCCCUGCGCUGAGCUUGGCACACGAGACAGGCUCGGUUUGGGUGGUGGGACUGAGGAAACUCACAGCAGUGAUGUAACUACCUCAGUUGCAAACAGGUGACUCCAUCACCAGGUCCCCAGGGCUGAGGCUGGGGCCAGGUCUGCAGCCCAAGGACCUCUGAGGCCCAGAAUUCAACCAGAAAGCAUGGGCUUUCUUUCCUCUUCCUCUCCAGCCUCAGGCCAGUUAUCCAAUUCUGCCACUGGGAAACGGAGACAAGAAAGCAGGGACUUGGCCAAGGUCAAGCCACGAACCGAUGACAGAUUCAGACUUGAGCCCCACUUCCAGACUUGUGGGCCAGUGUUCUCUGCCCUUUCGGGGCUGCCUCCUUUGCCAAGCUUACGUCUAUCAAGUCUAAGAGGACAACCGGCCUUCCAUUCCUUCACUCAACUAGCACGUACCGAGCACUGGUCGAGUGCCAAGCAUAGUGCCAAGCUCUGGGCUCCAGUGGAGAACAAAACAGACCUGCCCUUACCUUCAGGGAGCUCACAGGCUGGACCCUGCCCAGCAGGUUACGCAUGGCCUGGUGGGCUGCAGUGGAGACUAACAGAAAGCUCUGGAAGAUUUUAGCUGGCAGAGCUGGCUACCCUCCCCUCCACACCAGUCAUACGCAUCCUGUAUUAGUGGCCUCUCCCCAGCCCAGUGGGGAGGAGAGUAGGGCUGUCCCUGGGCCUCGGGACCUGGUCCUUGGCCACCCCUCUCCAGCAAGCCCCUGCUGAAGCCAGACCUUGUGCCCCCAGGACUGCGACUCUGGCCGGUUGGGGGAGGCUAGUGAGUGGCUGAUCUUUAUUUAAUUACAAUUUUGAGCCUUGCAAACACCCCUGCCCACUGGGCAGCUGGGAGAACAACUGCCUGUCACACAACUGAAGCAGCAGGAGCUCCUUAGGGGAGCACGGCAGAGCAAAAGCCUUAAUGACCCCGUAAUGGGAGUAAUGAAGAUAAAUCACGCCUCGUGCUGCCUGCCCACUCCUUCCUCUGCGUCUAGCACCAACCUCAGGCGGCUCGAAACGCCCGUGUAGCCAGUGGGAGCCAGGCCUGGUGAAGGAAAGCAGGUGAGAUUUUUCAGUUGCAGGUUUCCAGAAUCUCGGAGUUGGAGAGAACCUUAGUCAUCGCCUCUUCCAGCUUCUCCAUCGAAAGCAGGACUCCUUGCCCGGCUGGUGUGGCUCAGUGGUUGAGUGUUGACCUAUAAACCAGGAGUUCACUGUUCGAUUCCCGGUCAGGGCACGUCCCGGGGUUACAAGCUUGAUCCCAGUGUGGGGCGUGCAAGGAGGCAGCCGAUCAAGGAUUCUCUCUCAUCCUUGAUGUUUCUAUCUCUCUCUCCCUCUCCCUUCCUUCCUGAAAUCAAUAAAAAUAUAUUUUAAAAA